UGUUGCUCAGUAUCUCUCAGCACUUCGGUGCCUUUGUUUCUCCUCGACAGCAACAGAACCCCCGCAGAGAGACGCUGAACAAGCGCUCUUGUCCACUGACUUCAACUGAGCUGAGCUGUCUGGGACUGUCGUUGCGAAGAUGGCAAACAAGGCUGAUGUGAAAGCUAUCAUGGCUCGCUUCCAAACAAACGGAGCAAGCAUUGACGACUCCACUCCAGUUGGACGUCCCAAACCGGCCUUGCAGCCCACGCUCUCCUCUGGCCCGACCAUGCAAAAGAAACCUAUUCUGGAGAGCCUCUCAGGCGGUGCGAUAAACACCCCCUCAAAGCCACCUUUUCUGAAGAGCACACCAUCCACAAGAAGUGACUCAGAUGCACAUGAACCAAACAAAACUAAGGCUUUGGCAGGCAAGUUUGCCAACUCCCUGGAUAGCCCGUCCUCCAGCAAACCUCCGGUUCUAAAUAAAAUACAAAGGUCACCUAUCGCACAGGCUGCUGAAGCUAAAGGACCAACGCAGAACCUUCCUUUUAACAAACCUUCACUCAACCCCACCGUGCCAGAAACCAAGCCUGUGUUUCCGAAGCCCCCUGGAGCGCUUAACUCCAAACCCAGCUGGGUGAAAGAAGACAGUGGAGGAGGCGCUGCACCAAACACAACGCCAACCAAAGCACCCGCCUCGCAUCAAAAGCCGCCCAGCAGCGUUCUCAGAAUGUGGCAGCAGAACGAAGAACAGGCAGAAACAAAGACGGACACGGUGAACAAGGCGUCGCCUCAACAAAACACCGCUCCGAAGCCCCCAACCAACUUCAAGAAUGCUCAGAGUUUGUUCAACAAGGACAAGGACCCAUCUGAGCAGGGAGAGAGCGGCGGGGCCAACAAACCGUCCUUCAACGCAGUUAACUCUGCCGCUCCCCCGAAACCUCCAGCCAACAAAAAGCCGAGCCUAAGGAAGCCGAAGGGUCCUGGCCAGACUGACGGCAUCGACGGGGACCUUCCUCCAGGCCUAAAACGCAACCCUCUCCCCAACAGUUUAGCUUUGGGUCCCCCUCCUGCUAAACCAAAUCGGCCACCCAAAGUAGACCUAGAGAGCAUUAAAAGAGCCGCAGAGGCCCCAGAUGACGGUCCUGGUUUUAAGAAACCAACCAUCCCAACUCCUUUGGCACCUAACCUUAGUAGCCAGACCAACCAUGUACAACAGACUCAGCCCCCUCCGACGUUACCGCCAGUUCUGCCUGCAAGACAUGUGACUGUGAACCAGGCAGACGAUGCACCUCCUCCUCCCCCUCCUGUGUUCAGCCACCCCAGUCAAAGGGCAAAGCUGGAGGAUGAUCCUGAUCCGGAUGAUGAUGAAGAAAUGUAUGAAGAUCUGGAUGACCGAUGGGAAGAUAAGAUCCAAGAGAAGAAGAAAGAUGAUAAAGAGGAGAAAAGGCGACAGGAGGCGGCCAAGAAGGAGCAGAAGGAGCGUGAAAAGAAAGAACAAGAAGCCAGGAAGAAGUUUAAAUUGUCCGGAUCCCUGGAAGUCAUUCAGAGAGGCAAAGCUCUGAGUGAUUGCAAAGGCGGCAAGAUGGAGCUGGCUCUGAAGCAGGGAGAACAACUGGAUAUUGUCCGUGUUCAGGGCAACCCAGAGGGGAAGUGGCUGGCAAGGACAGCGGAUGGAUCAAUUGGUUAUGUCAAGACAACCUCGGUGGAGAUCGACUUUAACUCCUUGAAGAAUCGUCCUUCUCAGCCAGCAUAUGAACCGGAAAUCUAUGACGACAUUGACGUGGUCCCAGACAUUGGUGGUGUCAAAGGACCAGCAGUCGUCCUACCCCCACCACCAGGAGAGGAGGGAGAAAUAUAUGACGACGUAGUUGAUCCAAACCUGGAAGUUAGUUCUCUUGAAAACCAGCCCUCACCGGCGAGGAGCCGCAGCAUCCUGCGGAUAUUUGACCGAAACAGACGCGCUCCCAGCUCUAAAGUACUACCUGCGCCAGACCAGUUUGCUGCAGCUGGGAAUUCAGAUCGGCCCGGAGCACCAAUUGAUGAGGAGAUUUACGACGAUGUUGACUCUGCACCUCCCCCUCCCCCCAUCAGCAGCCUCCCAGGCAUGAAAGGCAAGGGCAAAGCAGAAGACAUGGACCCAAAGAAGCAGAAAAAGUUUGAGAAGGAGGAGAAGGAAUUCAGGAAAAAGUUUAAAUAUGAAGGGGAGAUAAAAGUGCUGUACCAAGUGACCAUCAUCUCUCCACUCAAUAAUAAAAAGUGGGGCGGGAAAGAUCUGCCAGUGAAAGCCGGAGAGAAACUGGACGUCAUAUGCAAAAGUCAGGAUGACAAACUGCUCUGUCGGAGCGACGAGGGAAAGUUUGGUCAUGUUUCAACCAGCCUUAUAGUGGAUGAUGGGGAAAUAUAUGACGACAUUGGAGGAGACGACUGCAUCUAUGAUAAUGACUGAGAACCAUCCUGCAUUGGCCUGAAUACCCUGAGAAUGUUCACUUUUAAUUGUGUUAUUUAUUAUGUUCAUUGAUGGUACCUUUUGGGAAAAUGCUGUAAGUUAGCUGCCUUAUCAUUUAGUCCUCCUAUUCUAAUUUAUCAAUUUUGUUAAAGAUAGUAGUCAUGUGAGAUCCAUAUAUGGGAAGAAGGGCAAUCUUGAAGUCAUUUGAACAAUCCAAUGUUUUUUUUUUGUUUGUUUUUUUUGUUUUUUUUGCAUCUUAAAAUAAACAAGGAUAAACGCAGAAGUGAAGUGAAGUACAAAACAUUAGUUGGAUCAACAGUAUUUAAUUAUUAUUACUUUUUUAUUGUGUUUUUUUUACUUUAGCUGUCAUCUGAAACGCUACACCACUUAUUUUAAACCUUUACUUUCAUAGUUUUGCUUUAUUAUAGAAACAGAAACAGUAUACAAGAAAAAUAUCAAGCGUUUCUUGCUUCAUUCUUUUUACUUCUUUUUUUGUCAGUAAAUUUAUAUAUUAUUUGUGCAUUUUGUUGCUACUCAUAUACCUACCUGUAAAUGCAUUAUAUGCUCUAUAAAAUUUCAUGUUUUUGGUGCCAAAUAGGCUUUGAUGUCCUGUACAUAUGACGAAGCGCACAUUUAAAAAAUAUAUAUUCUCACACUUUGGGUUUGUCCAAAUGUAAGCACGAUGAAAUGUUGUAAUUGAUAGCACAUUGGUUGCCAAAUAAAAUAAACCCUUGGGUUAGACUGUUAUCCAUGAAUAUGGCGAUGACUCCCUGGGAAGAUUAAGAACGAAGUCCUUCAAAAAUUGUGAUGGCUUUCAUGGGAGUCGUUUUAUCUUCAGAGGAACUUUAACUCCAUCUAGUGGCAGACAUACAGAACUACAAGCUUCAACUUUCUGAUUCUCUUUGUUUGUGUCUGUGUUGUGACGUCUCCUGUUCAAUUCUGGUUGCACAGAGUAUCUACUAACUUAGACACUUUAUUCAGGUAAUAAAGUGAAACAUGCAGCACAGUUUCAAUAAGUUGAUGUCCUUGCAGACAUGGAAUAAAAUAAUUAUGUUUAGAAUAAAGGAGAAUUUGUGUCUCUUGACUGCA